AUGGAGACGAGAUGGAGAUGGGUGUUCAUUUGGACGGCUCUUUGUUUUACUUCAGGCUCCACAAACAUGCUGCCAGUGUUCACACAGGACAUGAACAAUCUCGCGCUAUCAGAGAGCACACCAGUCGGGACAAUAGUUUAUAAGCUGCAAGGAUCUGACCCAGAAGGGUUACCGAUAAAAUACAGUUUAGUAGGCACGGACAAGUUUUCAGUGAACGCAGAAACUGGUGACGUCACGCUAGACCGACCACUUGAUAGAGAGGUGGAAGAUACGAUUAAAUUCCUAGUUUCCAUAGAAGAUGAGGACCCCGCCAAGGUGCAGAACUUGGUGCAGUCGCAGCCGGUCACUGUCAUCGUGCUGGACGAGAAUGACAACCCACCUAUGUUUAAAAAUAGUCCAUACGAAGUGAACGUGCCAGAAGACGAGGAGGUUGGUAAGACUCUCCUGAAUAAUAUCCUCGUGGAAGACAGGGAUUCCGUGGGUGAUAACCUGGAAGUAGGCUGUGUGCCUAAUGAACAGUGGCCUGAAGCCUGUGAGACCUUCGAGGUGGUGACCCUGAACUCCUCAGCGCACCAGUACACUGGGGCGCUGGUACUGAGGAAACCGCUCAACUACAACGAGAGGCAGUUUUACCAGUACCAGUUGUAUGCUAAUGACGGCAGCCUAAACUCGACAGCUCACGUGGAGAUCAAAGUAGUGGAUGUCCAGAACUCUCCGCCCGUGUUCAGCGGCGCGCUCAGUGGGGCGCUCGCUGAGGACGCGCCCGUCGGCACCCUGGCGCUCACUGUCAAGGCCAGGGAUGCUGAUAGGGCUCAGCCCAGGAAUGUCGUGCUCGAGUUAGUGACAAAUCCGUUGGAUUUCUUUUUACUGGACAGAAAUACGGGAGAAUUGAGGACAGCUAAGCCUCUGGACAGAGAGGCACUAGCAGAUCCUUCAUCGCCACUCAAUCUUACCGUGAGAGCAACAGAACUAGUAAAUGGUGUCCCAGUAAUAUCAGACCUGACCUCAACCCUGGCGACGGUUACAAUAACAAUAAAGGACGUGAAUGAUGAGCCGCCUCGCUUCAACCGCCGCGAGUACUCCGUGGAGAUACCGGAGUCCUUGCCCGUGGGGACACCACUGCCGAACCUGGACAUGGUGGUCACUGAUACCGAUGUGGGUCUGAACUCCGUAUUUACUCUACGCCUAUCAGACGAGAUGGGAGCCUUCAUAGUGGAACCAGCCACUGCCACUGGGAGUGCCUCAGUCACCUUGAGGUUAAACUCUAGUCUAGAUUACGAAGAUCCUAAUCAGAGGAAAUUUAUUUUGGAGGUGAUAGCAGAAGAGCUACACACGUCUCCCCGCCUGUCCUCGAAGGCGAGUGUGACAGUGUCGCUCACCGACGUGAACGACAACGCGCCGCAGUUCGCCGAGGAGCCAUACUCCGCCACACUCGCUGAGGCGGCGCCGCCGGGGACCAGGGUCGGGGCCAUACGGGCGACUGACAGAGAUACUGGCAGAUUCGGCACAGAAGGCAUAGUAUACCAGUUGUCGGGCAACGGCGCGGAGUUGUUCCGCGUGGACAACAGGAGCGGAGUCAUCUCGGUGGCGGCCUGCGACUCGCCCGGCCUGGCGCCCUGUCUGGACUUCGAGACCAGGAAGGAUUACUUCUUGCAGUACAAGGCUACAGACGAUGACGGCGCGGGUCAGAACACGGUGGUCUCCCUGCAGAUCUCGCUGACGGACUCCAACGACAACCCGCCCGUGUUCCACACUCCCGUAUAUAAAGCAUCUAUUGAUGAAGAUGCUGUCAAGUUUGAGCCGGAACUACAGGUUCAAGCCCGCGACGUGGACGUAUCGUCCGACAUCCGCUACUCGAUCAUCGACCCGCCGACCCACCCGUUCUGGAUAGACCCCAUCAACGGCAAGAUAUCCGUCCGACCUGACACUGGCGGGGUCACUCCGCCUGAAGAUAGCAACAAGAUCUUCUUGACUGUGCUGGCCACAGACGGUAUCCACAACGCUACUUGUAAGGUGGAGAUCACAGUCCGCGACGUUAACAACCACGCUCCCGUCUUUGAUACCGACAAGUAUGAUGCUGACAUAUCCGAAGAUGCACCGAUAGGUACGGAAGUAGCAGCAGUUCGCGCUACAGACCUGGACAGCGGCAUGAACUCGGAGCUGAAGUACUGGAUACAGAAGGGAGCGCUCGACUCCUUCGCCAUACACAACGACACUGGAGUCGUCACUGUUUCCUCCAAACUCGACUAUGAUAAGAGGAAUACUUAUAGAAUACAAAUUGUUGCUACUGAUUUGGGUAUACCAAGUCUAACAGGCACGACAGAGCUGACAGUCCACGUCAUCAACGUGAACGACAAGAAGCCAUACUUCACGCCGCCCAUACAACGCGCCGAGGUGUCAGCAGACGUGGAGCUCGGCGUCAUUGUACACAACCUCAUAGCUGUGGACCCGGACAUCAUGGACAAUGGGUCGCUGGUGUAUGAGAUGGGAGAGAAAGUUAUUAGGGCUGUUGAUAAGAAUGGGAAGGAGGUAUCAGACGAAGGUAUCUUCGGCACGUGGUUCACGGUGCAGUCCAACGGGUCCGUGGCAGUGUCGCAGCGCCUCGACAGGAGCAGGGCGGCCGUGCUCACGCUGCCCGUGGCCGUUACUGACGCCUCCGCGCCCACGCUGCAACGAGCUGAUGGCGAGCUAAUAAUAACAAUAGUGGACGUGAACCGUCACGCGCCCGUGUUCUCGCAGCCCUCCUACCUCGACAACAUCCUGGAGGAGCAGCCCCUGGGGACUGUCCUCAACACAUACACCGCUAGUGACAAGGAGACUCCUAUACAGGCCAUUGCGAUACAGCCACCUAAUCCAUACUUCGUUAUUGACAAUGUUACUGGAAUAGUAAAAGUGGCUCAACGAAUAGACUACGAGAAAGUUCACAGUAUUAACUUUACGCUAGUCGCCUACGACGGGGGAGUGCCACAACUCAGCACCGCGGCAGGAGUCAUGGUGCAGGUGCUGAACGCUAAUGACGAGGAGCCAGUAUUCGCGUCCAGUGCGUACGACGGGGUCGUGGCGGAGCAUGCCGAGGCCGGAACCAGUGUGCUCAUUGUAAAUGCUGUCGAUAAGGAUGAAGGUGAAUUUGGCGAAGUGACCUACAGUCUAUCAGGCGACUCUGCAAACCAGUUCACCAUAGACCCUAACACCGGCAUCAUCACGGUGGCAGAGGGCGCUGUGAUCGACAGAGAGGUUGCAGGGGAUAUUUACUUCAGAGCCAUCGCCAGUGAUAAUGCGCCUGCACAUAUUAGAAGGACUACCAGUGUGCCGGUGCACAUAAAAGUCCAGGACAUAAACGACAACUCUCCAGUGUUUAGUCAGAAAGUGUACAAGAGUACCAUCGCCGAGAACUUGCAGCUCAACCCUCCGGCCGCCAUACUGCAGGUGCUAGCUGAAGAUAAGGACGAGGGGGUCAACGGGAAGAUCGAGUAUAAGAUCAUUGAACAGAGUGAAGCUGGAGUAUUCACAGUGGACCCGUCGAGUGGUAUAAUAUACCCAGCGCGGCCAGUGCUGGGCAACGCGAGCUACCAGCUGUGGGUGGCGGCGCGCGACGGGGGCGGCGCCGGCCCGCACGCGGACACCGCGCGCGUCGACAUCUACGUGCUCAGCGUCAACAGGCACAGCCCCGUCUUUGUACAGCCGCCCGCUGACGUCCGCCACUUGGACAUACCUGAGAACGCAGCUCAGUCAGACUACUUAAUCACCACAAUAAAGGCGACGGACGAGGACAGUGGGGAGAAUGGCCGUGUCUCCUACUACCUGAAGGUGGACAACCAGAAUGUUGGCGAGACGCAGGAGUUCAGCCUGGACCCUGAUACUGGAGAGUUGAGAACCAAGACCUUCCUGGAUAGAGAGCAUAAAGCUGAAUAUCAGCUGGUAAUAGCAGCAGUGGACAACGGUACACCAGCCCAGUUCGAGAGCCUUCGACUCCUUACGGUAGUACUAGUGGAUGACAAUGACAACGCGCCGCGGUUCCCGUCACCAGUCCACCAGUUCACCAUCAAGGAGAACCUGGUGCCAGGAGUUAUUAUUGGUACAGUAAAAGCAACAGACAAGGAUUCUGGGGAGAACGGCAAGGUAUACUACCACGUGCUGGAGGGGAACCAGGAGGGAGCCUUCACCGUCGACAGGACACAGGGAGUCAUCCGGGCUAAUAUCAGCUUCGACAGAGAGAAGCAGUCAGAAUACUCAUUCACGCUCUACGCAAGCAAUAACCCGAUACUAGAGCAUGCGGCGGCCAUCUUGAAUUCCGUGGACAACAACACUGACGGCCAGGACCCCAGCGUUACAGUCGUGAAGGUGCGGGUGCUGGAUGAAAAUGAUAAUGAGCCCAAGUUCCAGCACAAGAUUUAUUAUGCAGGUAUAAAACACACAGCGCGAGUAAACGAGCCAGUAAUCUCAGUGGUGGCUGAGGACCCUGAUUUGGACGAGAAUGGUACCCUGGUGUACAUGGUGGCAGCUUCCAAUCUGUACAAGUUUGGAGCCUCGCAGUCCAGUGGCAGUGUCGUCCCGUCGCCGUUUAAUAUUAGUCAAGAUGGUAUCUUGAUGACGGCGCACUACAUGGCGGAGUACAACCAGGACCGGUUCGUGCUGGACAUCAUCGCGCAGGAACUCGCUCCGCCACACAGACAGGCCAAGGCACAAGUCUACGUAUGGAUAAUAGACCGCAGCUCCCUGAUCCGCAUGGUGGUGUCCCGCAGCUGCAGCGCGGCGGUGGGCGGCGUGUGGCGCCGGCUGGCGGCGGCCGGCGCCGCGCGCCUGGUGCCGGGCCGCCGCCUGCCGCUCGUGCAGGCCGACACCCGGUACGACGACUGGUGUGAAAUCCACUUACACGCAGUAGACCCGAACACAUACCAAGUGCUGCCCGUGGAGAAGGUGCUGGAGACCAUCGACUCCAAGUACGACCAGCUGAAGGACGUCUACCAGGAGUACGGGGUGGAGACACUUAUUGCAGCCAGUGCUACUUCUAAAGCUCCAGACAGCUUCGACCCAGCCCUAGCAGCCCUGAUAGCACUCCUCAUCGUACUGUUUACUGGCAUCGUCACCUUUAUCGUUGUCUGCGCAUGUCUUAAACAUUGGGUCAUACCACCGCCGUCCCUACAAUCCAGUAAAGGAGACAGUUUAGCCAGACGCCGUAUACUAGAGGAACUGUCAACGACAGAGAACCCAUUGUGGCUGGAGACCAAACUCCGGCCCUAUGAAGAACAGGAGCUCACCAUGAAUGUAUUCGGAGACUUGAAUGAACAACCGGCAGCUGAACCCGCACCGACGGACAACACUUACGCUACGAUACAAGGCAGUCGGACGACGGAGAGGUUUGGUGACUACGCCACGCUGGGCGGCGACUCACCCACGCCGCUAGAAGCUGCCUUGGGUUUCCAGGGCAGCACAUUCAAACCGCCUUCACCAGACACGCCGGAACCUCCACCCAGACCUUCAGGGUUAGGAGUACUCUGA